AAUUAACGUCAAUAUCCAAUAGUGGUUACUUAAUAAUUGCUCUCACCAAAUUUGAUAGCCAAUUUCUUCCUUUAAUGCUCGCAAAAUUUCAAUAAAGAAAACUCAUUCGAAAAACCAUCAAGGGAUACAAUGUCCGAACCAAUACCAAUCGAUCCUUACCAAAGACUCCAGAUUGUACAGAAUGGCGACGGGACCAUCACUCGAUUAUUCAAAUUUCCAGAUGCACCCACUUUACCCGAUCCCACUAUGUCCACCGCACCUAUAGUUCUUUCCAAAGAUAUUGCCCUUGAUCAAUCAAAAUCCACCUGGCUCAGAGUUUUCAUACCCCGUGAUGCACUGGAUAAUAAGCUACGAUUGCCUCUUAUAGUCUACUUCCAUGGCGGUGGAUUCAUCCUAUUCAGUGCAGCCUCAACUGUGACUCAUAAUUUCACAUUCAACUUAGCCGCCGAAAUCUUUGCCAUUGUAGUUUCUGUGGAGUAUCGUCUGGCUCCGGAGCACCGUCUGCCUGCAGCCUACGAUGACGCCAUGGACGCACUGUACUAUAUCAGAACCGCCGAUGAUGAUUGGCUGAGAAACUACGCUGACUUGUCGAAAUGCUUCAUUAUGGGGGGCAGUGCGGGAGGGACAAUAGCUUACCAUGCUGGGCUUCGGGCUGCAGCGGAGGCCCAACGUCUUCGGCCCAUGAGGAUCCGUGGGCUUAUAUUACAUCAGCCAUUUUUUGGUGGUGUCCAAAGAUGCGACUCAGAAUUGAGGCUGGUCAAUGAUUCUGUUCUUCCGCUUUGCGUUAGUGAUUUAAUGUGGGAGUUGGCUUUGCCUGAGGGAGUUGACCGUGAUCAUAUGUAUUCGAAUCCGAUGGUGAGUGAUGGUUCAAAGUCGUUGGAGAUUAUCAAAUCGCUGCAGUGGAAGGUGAUGGUAGCGGGAUGGGAUGGGGACCCACUUUAUGACCGUCAGAUUGAAUUUGUGAAAAUGUUAGAGAAAAUGAGUGUAAGUGUAGUAGGUUAUUUUGGUGUUGGAGGACAUCAUGGGGUAGAGAUGUUUGACUUGUCUAAGGCAAAGCUACUCAUCUUGGCUAUAAAAAGUUUCAUAUGUCCUUAGAGAUGAAUUUGAAUUUGAGAGAAGAUAUUGAUCUUUAGAUUAAAUAAAGCAGCGUUCAUUGUCUAUGGCUGUGUUGUAUAUGUGCUCCUAAAUAAUGAUUAUUGUGUUUUUCGUUUUUAUGUCUAAUGGAGAGCAUGACCGUAUUAAUU